GCGUGCAGAUAUUAGCCACUUGUCGCUUUGUGAUAACGGUAGCAGUUGCAACUUUUCGUUGGAAGAGAUUGGAUCCAUUUUACAAUAUGCUGUUGCAAUCGUAAACAUGAAAAUUUUACUAAGAAUUUGUCAUUAGAAAUACUCGUUACUUCUCAUGUUCGUUGGUACUAAAAUGUUGUUCUUUCUAGUUUACCCUGGAAUAUCUCUUCAAAUGGAAUAAUCUCCGCUUCCGUCCUUUGAGGAAUUAAAUUCAGCAUGAUAUUUUAAAUGAAAAUGCACCGAUUGUCUGCCUAUGAAAUUAUUGGGACGAUAAACGUUUCAAGUGUCACAGAAUUGGCAUAUUUGAGUAUAAUUUUGAAUAAUUUUAAAAAUUUUAUAACUUCAUCAUGAAGUUUGACGAAUCUCGAUGCUCAAAUGAUAGCCGUUUGACUUCGUGCACCCGAAAUUGCGAUGACAUAGCUUUAAUUAAUGCGAUCAAGAGUACAAAGCCUUACUUUCAUCAAGUUUUGAGUCAGAAUUUCUUUAAAUGCUUCUGCAAUGAGACGUGUGCUACGACAAAGAGGCUCGACAUGCGUGGAAAUGCCGUAUACCAGAAGAUCAAAAGGCUUCUUCAGGACGUGGAUAUACCUGCCUUGUUAAUAUUUCUUAAAAAGCAUCAAGACAUUGCUCAUGUUAAUUUAGCGAACAACAAUAUUUCAAAUAGCGGAUUUAUCAAUUUGCUCGAUCACCUGCUUCACUACAAGUAUAUACUCGAAUUGGACGUUAGCAAUAAUGAUAUCAUGGAAAUAGGGAUUAAAUAUUUGUUAGCAAUAGGAGAAAAUAUCCAGCUUAAGAGCCUGAAUUUAAAAGCGAAUAAAUUUGGCGUCGAGGCAUCAAAAAAUAUAGCACUCUUUUUAUUAAAAAAUAAAUACGUAACGUAUUUAAAUGUUGCAGAAGUGGGUCAAACUGCUUCCAGUUUAAUAUAUUUCAUAAUGGUCUUGAGUUCAGAGCAAACCACUUCUAAUACAACGCUAAAGAGUUUGGACAUCAGUCGACCGAAUCCAGGAUUUAUGUAUUACUUUGAUUCUGUUCAUUUUUCCAGCGUUAUUGGCCACAUGCUUAAAAAUAAUACUACACUGACAGCAUUGUAUUUGCAAAAAUACAACUUCAAUUGUCACGACAUUGAAACUUUAAUGUCCAAUGCAAUAUACAACAAUACAUUGCACUUGUUGGACCUUGGCUGUAAUAAUGUAGGAGAUCAUGGAAUUAUCUACCUUGCUAACUGGUUAACAAAAAGACCAGCUUUGAAAAUCCUCAUCUUGUGUAGGAACAUUAUAACUGAUCAUGGUGCAAGGGAAUUUAGUUUUGCUCUUCCAUUCUCGAAACUGUUAUCACUUGACAUUUCUUAUAAUAAAAUCACAGAUAAUGGUAUGGUUGACAUUUUGAACACGUUAAAAAAGAGCCCUCUUCUACGACAGCUGAGAAUAUUUGGGAAUUGUCUUGGUCAUCCAACUGCAAAAAUUAUUAAGCGAAUGCUGUUGUCUCAAGUUCUGAAUCAAGAGAAUGUAGACAUCAGACCAUACAGAGUUGACCACAGGUGGUAUUUGGCAAGAUACGAAGGUGACUGUUGCAGGAAAGAAUUUUAUAAUGUUCCUUAUGGUCUCUCCAUGAAAUUGUCAUCCGUACCUGUAACAAAACCUCGUCCUAAGAGAUCAUAUUAUAAACAGAUGUCUGUAAAAACUAGCGAACUUAAAGUACAACAUUCGACCAUUACUAUCAUUUCAAAUAUAUUGAAAGGAGACCAUGCAAGGGACUGUAAAUGUUGCUAUUGUUUCAAAUGCGAGGCACCGCAUUAUGACGAGCUGUGCAGAGAUGCUGGCCACCCAGAAACUUGCACAUGUUGCAAAUGCAAAGAAAACGAAAGCAGUGAUUGGUCCAUAGAUACGUCUAUCGAAGACAGAGUUGUAUCUCCGCGCGACCCAAUGAAGAACAUCAUGUAUAUUUUGAGGCAAGUGAAUUCUGAUACUCGUGAAGACAUUGUGCGCUGGAUUAAUAUCAACGAGGAUAUAUUGGAGGAAGAUUUGAAGAUUAUUGCUAUUGACGAGAUCGAGGAAUGCUCGUCUAAGGAUUUGUGCAAUUGCUCGUGGGCGCAACUAAGCAUAUCCAGUUUACAAAAAUAUUUACUGGAGGAUUCUUCUAAGGAUAUACUAAUUAUACCUAGAAACAAUUCUAUGUUAAUAAAGAAUGCAUGCGACGAUGUUGACGACACAACUUCUUCGCUGGAAUAAUAUAUUGCGAGGAUAUGAUUUCGCGGAUGGGGUGAAAAUAAGAAGCAAAUGUAAAAUAUGUCUCAAAGAUAUCGUUUCAU